AUGGCGGCGGUCGUGAGUUGGUACGGACCGCUCAUCGAUCUCUCGGCGGCCGCCGGUCAUGUCGGCGGACUCGUGCAGCUGCUGGCGUCCGUUCGCCGUGUCCUCCCCCACCAGGAGCAAAAUGCCGCGACCGGAAGGACAUACGAGAGAGUCAUACUAGAAGUUGGUGACGACACGAGGUCGAGUUUCUCUGUAUCUCUAUGGUCCAACAGUACUAGUUCGACCAUAGUGGCGGGCGACGUAUUACUGUUGCAGAAUAUUAAGAUAGUAGAAUUCAGAAAUGGCUUGGAGGGGAGAGCUACUCAGACCUCUGCAGUCCAAGUAUUGCUGAACUCUAAAGAUUUAACGCAACACGAAGGGAUGGAUGAACUAAUAAUUAAUUGUAAAGUCGGGGCUGCUACAAGAUCAAAGUUAAGAAGACUGUCAGAGUGGAUCUUACACACCAAACGUGCUUGCACGGAAAAUCUUCAUCAGGUGAUGUUGAAGAAUUGGAAAGAAAAAACAGAAAAUAAUUCAGCAGACUUGUCCAUCUCAGAACUAAUAUCUCAGAGCAAACCAUGCAAUUUCAAUAUUUCUGCAUCUAUUGGAAAAAUCGUAUUAAUGGGUUCUCUUACCCCCUUGAAGGAGCAAUUGACAGUAAUCGAGAAGCUUUCUUUGAAUGAACAUAAUGAUAUUGUCAGAGAUUUCAUUACUACUGGUUGCAAGUUAUGUGGUUUACCUCUAUACCGAAAAAACCUUCAUGGAGACAGUAAUUGUCCAAUUGAUUGUCCAGAUAAUCCUAAGUAUGUCCACGCUGUUGGCCAGAUAUACAAACCAUUCAUGAUCUAUGUGCGAGACCAAUCUGGACAGGUUCCUGUGCUUGUGAGGAAUAAAGUUGCCGAGACCUUAUUUGGAAAUAUUAUCGCAGAUGAUGUGUCUGAAUGCUACAAGAGCCGCCAUUGCAUGCUGUUAGAAACUUGUGAAUCUGUCAGCCCAAGCACUUCUAGGAUGCUAGAUGGCACUGGCAAGAUAGGGAUUACUAAAAGGAAAAGAACCGGAAAAAAGCCAGAUUUUCAUCUUAUUUGGCUCAUUUUAGUGAAAUGCCUGCUGAACCCAGGCAAGAACAGUCCAUUCUGUUUCCAGAUUUCAGUCAGCCCCGAGAAGAAUGUUGAGAAUGGACGAUUUGAACUAGUCUCCUUGACAAUGCCAAUACCAAGAGAGGGGAUUGUUUCCUGUACCACAUAUGUCAAUUCAAAUUAGUAAUUGCCAUUUGCUUGUACAGAAGGAAUUGGACGUCUUAUUUUCGCAGGCGGUUUGCUGAUUACACUAGAGGAACUUUGCUAUUCUGAUGGUUUGCACAGUGACAUGGUUGCAAUGACAGGAACAUUAGGCCAGUAAUCUUCAGUUUGAGCAUGAAUGACUAAGCAGAAACUACACCUGACUCGCUUGGCAUCGAUACAAUACUGGACAGAGGAUAUAGCCAGGUGAAACAGAGGUCAACAGGUGACACAGUAUGGAUCUGUACCCAGAUCGGCCCUGAAAAACAUUGUAGUAGUUAUGGUCUUUUGCCAGCCUGCAAAGAAAGCUGAGCUUUCCCUCUCCCCUCCUGCAAAAAAAGCUAUGCUGGCAAUGUACCCUAGUGGCUUAUGCUUACAGUUUCUAAAUAUAACUGGAAAAGGAUAGGCCAUGUCUAGAACUAUAGCUUGUGAAGCCUGAUAUACAAUAAUGAUGGUCCUUACUUGAUUGAUGA